GAGCGCGAGCGGGCAACGGCCGCCAACGGGCAACGGCGGGCAGCGGCCGUCAGCGGGCGAGCGCCGCAACCGCAGCCCCUCGCCGCCCUCUCGCCGGGGCUGGCUCGCUCCCCGCCGGUCUCCCGCCGCGUUGCGAAAGCCGGGUCGCUUGUAGCGGGCGCGGGGGCCGGCGGCGGCUCUUCCUGGUGGCGGUGUCCCGUGGGCUGCCCGCUGCAUGGAGCUGUCGGCCAUCGGGGAGCAGGUGUUCGCGGUGGAGAGCAUCCGGAAGAAGCGCGUGCGGAAGGGUAAAGUAGAAUACCUGGUGAAGUGGAAAGGAUGGCCCCCAAAAUACAGCACAUGGGAGCCAGAGGAUCAUAUCUUGGACCCUCGCCUGGUAGUGGCUUAUGAAGAAAAAGAAGAGAGAGACCGUGCUUCAGGGUACAGGAAAAGAGGUCCCAAACCAAAGCGCCUCCUACUGCAGCGGCUGUAUGGCAUGGACUUGAGGAGUGCACACAAGGGAAAGGAAAAGCUCUGUUUCUCUCUUGCACGGAGGUUUGGAGGAGGAGAUAGCAGCCUGCCAGGGGCCAAGCCAGGGCAGGCAGAGUUCUCAGAGAAGACUGGGGGAGCGGUCUUGCCAUUCUCUCUCAGAAAGCAACGCAAAAACCAGAAGUACCUGCGACUGUCAAGGAAGAAGUUCCCACGCAUGACAAGCCUGGAGAGUCGAAACUGCAGACGUGAAUUCUUUCUGAAUGAUGCAGUGGGCCUGGAAGCCAGGCAAGGCUCUGAGGACUGGGAGGCCAUGCAGCACACCAGCAAAGAAGCAGAUGUGGAUGGCAGUCUCCCUUGGAUCCCUACUGUUCCCCCCAGCGAAGUGACAGUGACGGACAUCACGGCAAACUCCAUUACCGUCACCUUCAGAGAAGCACAAGUGGCUGAGGGCUUCUUCCGAGACCGGAGUGCACAGUUUUGAAUCUCCAUUUUCAGUGCUUCUAAAAUCCAGCGCUUUUAGGGUGGGGCUAGGGAAGGGUUAUUAUAUCCUUUAAGAAAAAAAAAAUCCAAAAUGUCUCCUCUUAAAAUGUUUACAGAUACCUUCAAUUUUUUUUCUUUUCUCCUUUUUUUUUCCCCAUUUCAGAUAUGCAAAAACAAAGGGCAGUGUAGCGGGUGUGUGUUUGUCAUUGCUUUGUCCAUCUGAAAAACUGACAGCCCUUUCCCUGGCAAGGACUUCCCUCCUAGAUGUGAAAGCAGCAAGCUGAACAAUUCGCCUUUCAUCCUGUUAAGUGGCAGCAGCUGCAUUUGUGGGGAGAGGGCAUGUGGAGGUGGAAAAGAGUUAGAUCUCUAGCUUACCGCCUUGUUCUGCAACUGAUAUCCCUCGGAUAAAGAUACUUCUCUGUGCAUUGCUCUUCCCACCUUCCUCCUCCCUUUUUUCCUGCAGCAGUGAGAGGCGAUGGAUCCUACCUGUGUAGAUAACUCCAGUCUGUUAAGGCUUUCUCCCCAGAGUUGUUUUGCCUGUAGCCUGCUGUCAGGACUUCAGAACCAUAUUUGUCUGGCUGUGGUAAGUAAGUCUUUGCAGCACAGGUCCAUGUGUACUGCAGAGAUUUCUCCCUUUGAUUGUUGAUGAUGCAGGGAGAGACCAAAAUGUAUCUCUGAAGUCUAGAUUGGCUACUCAGAUUGAAUUUACCCUCAUUAAAAGCUCAGAAAUGCAGCACAGUUGAGACUCUACCUUUCAUAUACACAAAACAACAUUUCAAACCCUGUCUUUGCUGUGUGAGAAAUGCAUUAUGGAAAGUGAGGUGUUUUUUAGCCUUUGCUAAAUUCAGUAUUAAUAACAAAUGCUGUCCUGAAUCUGUGGUAAUAAGUUGGUUGGAAACUGACUCCUCUUUCCUGGGAGGAGGGGCUCAUAGGAGGACUGAGGCAUUGCCUGGCACUGCAGAGAUAUCCAAGAUGCUGGCACAGGCCCAGGACUGAGGAAUUUGAUAGAACUGAGCUGGAAAUGGACCUUGAUUAGCAGCAAAUUCUGUUCUUGGAUCCCAUUGAGAGGCCCAGGUUAAACAGCAUGUGGGGAAGGCAUGUAUUAGACUUGAGGAAGGAAAAAAAAAUCUUAAUUCUUACUAAUGAGAAUUCUUGGAUUUUACCAUCUGAGUAAUAUUCUUCCAUGACUCCAGUCUGCUCACAGUAUCUGUGAUCUUGUACUACUUAACCAAUGGGAACUUCCCCUUGGAAAGCUUAAAUAUCUUUGCCAAGGAAAGUGGUCUGCAUUUCAACAGAUCUUGCAUGAUCUUGCACUUAAUGCCUUGUGCUGGACUGCCUGUGACACUUAGAGAUUUCUGAAGAAUUGCUGUAUUUUGAGUUGGUAGUUUAGCAUCUGUUUUUGCACAUGUGUAUCCUCUUCCUUUUUUCAGUCAAAUCUUAUUUAAAUAACUUAAAUUUAUAAAUAUAGAUCUUUUCCUAUGGCAAGCAAGAAAGGUAAGCUAGAUCUUAAGGUGAGACCUGCAGGACAGAGUGCUACAAGGCAACAUUGGCUACUGUCAUAAUUAUCUUUAAAUCCAUUGUUUCCUCUCACUGCUCCACCUCCAUCUUUUAUCUGCUGUAUUUAUGUUAUAUGAAGCUAAGAGCCUGCUGAGCCCUAAGGUAAAGACACCUGUGGAAAUCCUUAAUGUGACCUCUGCAGCAAUUCCUCUGAAGGGCUUGGCUCCUGACCCGCAGAAUUUGGGAACUCUGGGGCUUCUGGUCCUCCAAACUUCUACUUUUGGCAGUGUUUGGACAGCCCUGAGCAUUUUAUUAAAAGCAGGUUUUACCUUAAAUAGGAUAUGCAGCUCAGUGUAGACUUAAGAUUUCCCCUUCUGUCUCCAAGCUAAUCAAAAAGGACCACCUUCCACUGUGUGACAGCAGCUUCAGGACCAUUGGGUAGAUCCUGAAUUUCAGGACGAGUCUUUUGUCUCCCUAAGUACAUACAGAGGAAGUGAUAUGGGAAUCUUAUUACGGAGAAAUCUGAGAGGGUGAAAAGUGGAGCACAUUGUGCGGGGGUUUCUCUUUUUGAGGGGAGGGGUGUUUUUUUUUAAUGUGGUGGGAGGAAGAGUGAGUGGGAAAGAAGCUUAGAAUAGCUAGCAAGGGCAAACUGAUGAAGUAAGCAUAUAGACCCAGGAUGUUUGUUGAAUGUGGGUGUCUGGAGCUAGGCUUCUGAAUGUGGAGUUGUAUCAUAUAGGUAGGAUCACCCUCUUCUGCAGGGAGUGGGGUCACAGAGUACCCCACCACCUCCACCAGCACACCUGCAAAAUGUGCUGAAUAUUUGCAUCUUCCUUUUGUUUGGUGUGAUCAGUAGAAACUCAGCAUGCCUGCUCAUCAGGAUAACAGCAGUUUGUGUGGUUAUGGUUGCAGAAGCUUAAUAUUUUAGCUUAAUUUUGAAAAGUCGAACUCGUCUCCUUGUGCUAAAUCUUUAUGGUAUUUAUAAGGUUUGCUUUCUUUAUUUUAAUACAGCUACCAUCACCUUUGUUCUGUCUUCAGGUCAGUGUACAAAUACGAGGCCAGGGGUGGGGGGGACUUAUUUACUGAUGUUUCUAGCUUUGGCUGAAGUCAGAAGCAAUACCAAUCCUGUGGCAUGAAAGAAGAGCUUGUCCUAGUAACUGGAUUUCCAUCCUGUGCUUUUUCUUUCCACUCACCAGCUGAGACUUCUCAAUGUUUUGUUUUGGCACUUCUCUUUAAAUGUCUUUUCUUCCUCUUAGAGUGGAGUUUUCAAAAACCUGUGGUGCUCUCAAAAGAGGAUCCACCCACAGCUUCAUAUCUUAAUCACUUUUUGGAUCAGGCUAGCUUGUGUUCUUUUGGUGACUAAUAAAUCAUCUCCUGACAUGAAGUGUUAAAUAGAGUCCCUUAGUACCAUGCUGCUUUGUGUACAGGUCAGUGAGGAGUUAACCCUUAUCGGUUGAGACACAAGUUACAUGUGCGUAGGUUGGGUUUUUAUGAAGAGAAGUUUGUGGUAGGAAACCAAGCACUUUUUUUUUUUUUUUUUUUUUUUUUUUUACAUUCAUGAACAGAAACUCUUGCCUUUUUAAAAUGUGGCUCACUUCUAUAGUGGCUGGUGACAUUGUGACAUUGUAGAUUCACUUGGUGGAGCUGGUCUUCGGGGGCUUUAAAAUCAGCUUUACUCCACUUCAAGUGUAGAUGCAUAAGGUUUUCUUGCUUUUGGGGGCAGGAGAGGUUUGCUGAGUUUGAGUUAACUAGUCCCUUCUCCCUAAUCCUAUCUGCAUAUUCAACCCAAAAACUGAAAAUUAAUAUAUCUUGAAAAUCUGAUGUUGUGCUUGGAGUUUCGUUAAGCGUUCCAUUUGAUCAGAAGAGCUAAAAUAGCAUCCAGUUGAAGCAGAGUUUAAUAAUUCUAUUUGAAGCACAAGCCAAGAAUAGAAUCGAGCUAACUCUCCCAUACCUCAUUUGGCUCCAUGGGCUGUAAUCAAGGAAAACAAACUUCAGCCAGUGGAAAUUACUGAGCUGUACACAAGAAACAAACUUCUUGAACUGUUCUGACAGUCAUUCUUCAGAACUGCUUCCAUGUGAAAAUUUACCAGCCGUGUUUUGGAGACAGAAGCUUUUACUUCAUACACCUUGCAGUAAAUUUACUGUAUGUGGUAUGACAGAACUGAGGGGCCUCAUCAGAUCAGGAAAGCUUUGUUGUUAACACUGUGUUAAAAAUUGGGAAGCAGUCUCUGUUCCUUGCUGGUUGUAUACUAGGUGUUAUUGCUCUGAUAUUUGUUAAGUGAUGCCUUGGAACAGCAAGUUUUAACACGUAAAUAGUGGCAUUAAGCAGCUUCACAGCUCCUGCAUGCUCCUUAUUGUCUUGCAUUUGCUUGGAGGCCCUUCUGCUCAUAAAGUCAGCCCAAGGUGUUUUUUUUUCAAGCACAGCCGGGAUUUUAUUGUGAGAACACCCAAAUGCAGUUCCAUUUGCCAAAAUAAACCCAAUUUUGUUAGUGAUUUGACCCUUGCUUACGUCAGAGCCUCACACAGAAAGAAGCCUAUUGAGAAAUGAAUGGCUUUGGGUUGUUUUUAUUUUGGGGGGUUUUUUUGUUUUGUUUUGUUUUGUUUUUGUAGUUAGUGUUGUGAAACUGUCCAGAAUUGUUCUUCUGGUGUUUUGUGAGUGAAUGUAUAAAAUUGUUUGUUCACCUCACAGAGGUUCCUUGGCCCCAGUACUGCCAGCUACUGCUAUUUGUUUUUUGCUAGAAUAGAGAGGGGAGGCCUUGCAUAGCUCAAAAAAUAGGCAGAAUGGCUCAUGCAAGACCCUUAGUGGUAGCCACAACAGAGGCCAGGGUGGGGAAGACAGCACUGAGGGUUGUUAGCCACAUCCAGGUAUUUGAGCUAAAGCUAAAUUUACCACCACCUCUCCACCCCUUCCUCUCCUCUCAAGCUUUAAGUCUGUGCUUUCUGAAGCAGGGAAAGUGUAAAAACCUACUUUUCUAAAACUAAGUGAUAUUUACCUCUCUUCUGUUCCUCCCCAGCUUACGUGUCCUGCAGCCUGAGAACAAGAGGACAGUGUAACUUUGUAGGAAAAUGGUAGGGGCAGCUCAGCUUGUCUAGGGGAAGGCAGGGAAAGAGGUGGCAUUCCAGGCAUUAGAGCUGCGCUUGCUAGGCUGUUGAGGACAGGCCUUUGGGUGAACUAUAACGAAGAAGGCAUAUUAUUAAUGCAAGUAACUUGUAGUGAAACUCAAGACCCACCUAGGACCUCAGGGGGAAAAAAUACCAUGACUAAAAAGAAAUGCUGAGGUGAUAAACAUGGAACUUUAUUUUUAAUGUUUUUGAUGCUGAUGUUAACUGCCGUCCAUCAAGGCCCAGUUUAGUUGCUGGCCAUCACAUUAAGGCAAUCUGUUCCUUACAGGCUGUGAGUACUCUUCUCUUGGCUGUAGAUUUGUCUUAGUCUCCAAGAAGAUGAUGAAAAUUAAACAAUGGGGGUUGGGAAAAGUCAAUAUAAGAAGAGGAGACCAGUGGGGAAUAGAAUUGGUGUAUGUUUAGCCACUAUUCAAAUGCAGGCUCUUCUGCUCACAAACCUGUGACCACUCACAUCAGUAUUGGUGUAUCAAUGCCUCAGUGUGAUCAACGGGUGGAUGUCCCUGAGUUUUGAGGGGGCCAUGUGGAGAGGAAGCACUCAGAGCUGUCUUUCACAGUGGGAAAGCAAGGGAGGUAUAUAUGUGUAAACAGGUUAUAUAGGUUAAGUUUUACAUAGUAAUGUAUAGCAUUGACAAAUAUAGGUAGAGGAAUGUGUCUCUUCCACAUUUCUUCCCUCAAAACAGUUGUCCCCAGGGGCAUGGCAAGUUUGUUUUGAGACAAUAGCUUAUGAUCAAGAGACUGUGUUGUCCUCUGCCAACUGAGGUUGACUGCCAGGGAGCUGAACUUGCAGAGAAAGCACGAAUGUUCUGGGUGUUGACCCACCUGGAUUCCACCCAAGAAAUUGAAAUGCCUAUAAAACCAUCCUGCAGGUGAGGAGUUGUGGGACCAAGAGUCAGAGAUAAAGAAGCAAUCACUUAGAAUUGAAUUUUAAUUCUUCCUUAUAAGAAGUAUUUCCUCAAGGGAUGACCCCUUUCUCUCUUCCAGACCUUGUUCUCUUGCACCCUUAGUUUCUUAAAAUACAGUGGUUUAGCAGGGAGGGGACAGGUCAGAUAACUGGAAGCUGUAAAGAAGACAGAGCUCAGUAGAAGUUUGUAAUGGCUGGUAAAAGGGAGAUAGAUUGCUGUUAAGAUGAGACAAGUAAAAACCUGAUGCUGGUCAUCCACAGUUGCAGAUGUCUGGGAAUGCCACCUUGAUGUUGAAUGGGAAAACUCAUGAGGCUGUUCAGAACCUCUGUCCCAGCUUAUCUCGCUAUUGGUGUAGCAGAAUUUUGACUGGGAAGGGGAUCUGGGAGGAGGAGGAUAGCCCUUCUUUUUCUUUUCUUUUCUUUUUUUUUUUUAAACCAGAAAGUGUAGUGUCAGCACAAAGAAGCUCUUUGCAAAUCUGUCAAAAUGUUAAGCUGCUUUUUUGGCUUUUGAGUCUGAAGUAUGUUUUGAAGCACUUUGAAAAUGCAAAGCACUAGGAGUGCUAAAUACUCCUUAUCGUUUCUCUGAAAGUGGCAUUUGAAAAGCAAAAGAUGCAUCUGUUACAGGCUUCUGGCUGUUCCCUAUCACUCUUCCAGAGCUGCCAUUGGGCCCUUUGCUUCCCUCCCAUGGCUGAAGGUGGAGUUUACUCCAGCCAUCCCAAGUGAAGAAGGGCUCCCUAGGAGAGGAGAGGAGAGGAGAGGAGAUGAGACUUGCAGAAUCCCUAACUGACCUUCAGGAUUCAUGCUGGCAUUUCCCCUCCUCUCCCCGCCCCCAACACACACUUUGAGAAAGGGGGAAAAUGAAGUUCUGUUUUGGUUUUAGUGGUCCUAGUGUGGAACUAUGAUCACUUCUUUCAGCUCUGGAGGCAUCUUUUUAGUUUCAUCUUUGACAAAUAGCACCUUAUUAGCUCGCUUGGGGAAUGGAGAGUUACUUGCCCAUUCACAGGGAAUGGGGGUGAGGAAAGGAGGGUGAAACAGAAGCUGUCUUCAGUAGCUGUUGAAUUCUUCCAAAGGCUGUUUUCUCACCUUAUCUCCAACAGAAUGGCAAUGAGAUAACUUGGGGGGGGGGCAUAAAAAUCAAUCAAGGCUUUUAUCUUGCAUAUCUUUAACCUUUCGAAAGGCUAAGAUGGAAGUAUUUUCUUCCUCCCCUAGCAAGCUCAAGCUCCAGAGCUGGAGGAACCCAGUUGUCUUGCUGGGUCUUCAGCACGAGCUUUUUUCCCCCACCCUUUUAUACACAUCAGUCUGGUCUCUUUUACACACUCUGACUCAUCUAAUUUGGUACACUUCUGUUGGGGGGAGAAGGUGGGGGAUAGGAUCAGUAGGGAGCAAGGGUCCCCAUUUUUGUUCCUGUCCCUUCAGUUGUUGCUGUUGUUCUGUCAGCACGCUAGAGUAUCUGAGUCUUUGCACAAAGAAAGCUUCCUUUUGCACAGAAUGAGCUUCUAGCUUUUGUACAGACUAAUUGAAUGUAUUUGGGGAGGGGGGGGAAAUAGAGAGCAAACCAAUUCCAAACAAACCAAUCAGAGUAUAAUGCCUUUUCUGAGCAAGCGUGUAUUGUAAAUGGAGGUUGUAAUAGCAAAGGGAGGGCAGGCUCAAGUAUAAUUUGACACAAAGUGUGGUUUUAUUUUUGUACUGAUAUGGAUAAGAGACUGUACAGCAUCUAUUUAUUUAGAUGAUUUAUGUGGUAAAUGUUGCAAACAAAAUUAUUAAAAUAUUAAAUAUGAGAACUGACAUUUA